AACACACUGCACUUCCUAUCUGGAAAAAAAAAAAAAAAAUCAGGACACUUGGAUCACAUAUUCACCCCCACUUUUAGCUCAUAGAAACGGUUCGUAACACUUUCCUUUAAAAAGAUUGAAGGUGUGAGCUGCGGUAUCGUUUUUAUAGGGAAUGACAGCACUGCCCGUGGCGGGACCCCGCUUGCCGGGACUGCCCCCCCAGAGUCAGGCUAGCCUGCCCCCCCAGUCGAACCCGGGCUCCUCCCAGCCACCCCAGGGGGUCCUGCGCGAGAUCCCCCCCGCCAUCCUGUGCAAGAUCGGACAGGAGACUGUGCAAGACAUCGUCUCCCGAAGCAUGGAGAUCUUCCACCUCAUGCGGGCCACUCAGCUGCCCAACGGGGUGACGCAGAGCCAUGCUGUGUACCAGGACCGCUUCCACAAGCUGCAGGAGCACCUCCGCCAGCUGGCACUGCUCUUCCGCAAACUGCGUCUGCUAUAUGAGAAGUGUGCCGAGACCACCGCGGAGCUCGGUGAGACGCCCAGCGAGCUGAUUCCCUAUCUAGGAGAGGAGGCUCCUGGAUUUCAGGUGGAUCCCUGUGGAUUGACGGCACAGUGGGAGCGCCAGGAGGUAUUCAAGAAAGUGAAACAGAAGAACCAGGAGAUGAAGCUGCUGAUGGACCAAAUGCGCAACCUGCUGUGGGACGUGAACGCCAUGCUGACCCUGAGGAAGUGACCCCUCCCUGUCCCUGUGAACGCCAUGCUGACCCUGAGGAAGUGACCCCUCCCUGUCCCUGAGAACGCCAUGCUGACCCUGAGGAAGUGACCCCUCCCUGUCCCUGUGAACGCAAUGCUGACCCUGAGGAAGUGACCCCUCCCUGUCCCUGAGAACGCCAUGCUGACCCUGAGGAAGUGACCCCUCCCUGUCCCUGUGAACGCAAUGCUGACCCUGAGGAAGUGACCCCUCCCUGUCCCUUUGAAUGUCAUGCUGACCCUGAGGAAGUGACCCCUCCCUGUCCCUGUGAACGCCAUGCUGACCCUGAGGAAGUGACUGCUCCCUGUCCCUGUGAACGCCAUGCUGACCCUGAGGAAGUGACCCCUCCCUGUCCCUUUGAAUGUCAUGCUGACCCUGAGGAAGUGACCCCUCCCUGUCCCUUUGAACGCCAUGCUGACCCUGAGGAAGUGACCCCUCUCUGUCCCUUUGAACGCCAUGCUGACCCUGAGGAAGUGACCCCUCCCUGUCUGUUUGAACGUCAUGCUGACCCUGAGGAAGUGACCCCUCCCUGUCCCUGUGAACGCCAUGCUGACCCUGAGGAAGUGACCCCUCUCUGUCCCUUUGAACGUCAUGCUGACCCUGAGGAAGUGACCCCUCCCUGUCCCUGUGAACGCCAUGCUGACCUGAGGAAGUGACCCCUCCCUCCCUGUGAACGCCAUGCUGACCCUGAGGAAGUGACCCCUCCCUGUCCCUGUCCUGAAGAGGCUUGGGUUUGUUCUGCCCAUCAGGGACCAGGAAAUCCCAUGAUCUACUUUAAAAUCCCUUUAAUCUCAGGAAUCAUCUCUUUCAGAGACCCCCAGUGCGUCUCCAUGCAUUGUCUGCUUCCAGUACUGCACUACCAUUUACCAGAGUGCUAACCAAGGUCUCAAUUUUAGAACCUACUGUAGGAUUAGCCUUAUCAGCAUGGUCACUGGUCCCCCUUUUGCUUUUUUUUAUUUAGCUUCAAUUAGAAAUCAUUAAUAAUGUUUUUACAUACUGUUUACCUUUUUCAUGAGAAAAGGGCUGGGAUGAACGUGGGUUUUAAAAUUAAAUUGAAAAUCUUUCCUUUUGAGUAAAACCUGAUAUUCCAACAAAUGACCUUUCAAACAAAGUAGAGAAACACUCCUGUGUACAAUAGAAUGGGUGGGAUUUAUUUCAGAAGUCAUUUACACAUUGGAUUCCUUUGCAUGAUGUCUGUAUGGUAGGCAUUUAGAAAUGAUUUGAAUUGAAGAUGGUCGUUUUUGUUACAGAAUACGUUAUGGGCAGUGUUUGUGCCACUAUAUAUUUUUUCUUUUUUGCGAAGGAUAAGGGGAGUCAGUGAAAAUGUGCAGGAGAUUUGUUGAUAUCUGUGCCAAGCGGUUUGAGAUGCUGAAUUUAAAACUUGCACUGAAUUCAAUGAAUACAUUUAAUAAUGACAAUUGACAGUGCGUGUUUGCAUGACAGGUUUUGUAGAUGAAAGGGGAUCGGAGCGUUCCCUCUAAAACCGUCUUGCCAGCUGGCAAUUUCUCUCCAUGAGUAGUUGUGGUUUUUGAGAGGGCCCAUAGAGAAAGCCAUGCACUCCAAGUCACAGGACCUUACCACCCAUAGUUCAAUAUAUGAGGGCCCAUCGUUUUCGCCAACAGUAAAAACCUGCCCAUUGUACUGUGCUAUUGAGAGUACCAGGGUGUGUUUAUGCAUCAAUAUAGCUGCAAUUCUGUUAUCCUCAGACGUAAGAAUACACGUGUAAGAAACGUAUGUGUUUUGGUAUUUAUACUGCAAUAAUAGUUUCCCAAAUACAAGCACAUUCGCAUGUCUGUGAAAAUAAGCAAUAUUGUAAACAUUAAAGUUUUUUUUUUUUUGCUGCAUAUUUCUGGUAAUAUGGUAAGCUAGCAUCGUGUAUUUGUCCACUAGGAAAUGCAUCAGAACCUCUUAUCUGAACUAGUUGGGACCCACAGGGGAUCUAUCUAUUUGUUCUCCUAAUUAUUACUGCAAAACCUCCAGAGAUGGAAGGCUGGUUCGCUGACUUUCUGUGAUAACAGGGCAGGUUACCAGGGGUUGUCUGGAUAAGAGAGGUGGUGUAACGUUUGAAGUUUGGAUUUGGUUGGUAGUGUACUCUGGGGCCACUUUCAAAGCUUUAGGUAAGUCAGUUCCUGUAAACGCCCCUCUGUGAAUAAGGGGAAUAUGAACAGAUAGCAUCUCCAUGAAUACCGGCUAGUCCUUUAGGAGUGUCUUGAAUGUAAAUCUGGAAGAAACAUUUUCUUUAUUGCAUUCUGUUCUGAUGAUUGAUCUGUAUUCUCAGGGUGCUGUGUCAAAGAUUUUUACGUAGAUACAUUUUGUUACAGAUAUUCCAGUAUACUGUCAUCUGUUUUUUGCUUUACCAACGUGCUGCAAAUGAAAACAUUUUUUUGAAUAACUGUAUUUAUCAGCCUCCUUUCCACUGCAAGGAACUGGUGACUUCAUGUCUCAGUACUAAGAAUUCACCAAAGCGCUGGUAAUAUAAGCAUAAUAUGCUGACGUUCUUAUUUUUGCAAUGAAACAAGUUUUAAAAUUCACUGGCAGGUUGGAUCUGGUCAUCCAAAUGGUCAGUUUCCUCCUUGUGAUGCUUCAGUCGCUCUGAAAUGUGUUUUAAGAAGAAACCGUUUGAACAGCUGAUCAAUGCCUUGUGUCCCUGAAGGGGUUAAAAGAAGCUUCAAUUCAAUAACAAACGUUCCGACUAUAAAUAUUUCUCAAUGUCUUGAAAGACGUACAGUUGGCAUGUCUGUUAAUGAAUGUAUUAGGUUUCUUUUAUUAUUUCUAAAUUCAGCACGGUUAUAGUUACGGAUGACAAAUUAUUAGUAGUAUCAUAAUCCGGGGGUCUAUGGAGGGGUUUAAAUUAAACUUAUAUGUGUGCAUAUGGUGGGUGUAAAGUAGAUUAUGGUGAUCCACUUUCUAAUGUUCUAAAGCUGUCUAAAGUUAUUUUAUAAAGCCCACUAGUGAUGUAUUACUCUACAGACAGCCACAACACUGCCCACGGUCUGUAUACUGGACUCAAACACAUGCUGACAGACAGCAAAUUAGUGCCAGGCUAAAGCUUCUACUCGGACAUUAUGUUUGAAGUGAUGGGUGAUGAGGAGUGAUGCUAUUUGUAAAGUGACUCGAGGUUUGUAUUGCGUUCUCCUUGCCUUGUUUGUUAUUUUCAGGAAAACAUGUGGAAAAGGGGACUGUGUGUGUUUACGGUUAUAUUCUUUUUUUACUGAAAUGCAAAUGAACCUCAGAUCUCUUUGGAUCGUUAUUGUAUGCUCUGUGUGCCCCACGCAGGCACUGCUUAAAACAAAACCACGGCUAGCUUUACUGUACUGCCUAGAACUGUUUUCAUUGAUGUAUUUUUCUAACUUUUGCUGCUGCUGCUUGUGGCUAAUUAAAAACAAAUCUUGUAAUA